AUUCCAAAAGUCACUCAAUUGAGUCACACAUGACAUUGAUAAAAUUCUCAACAUGCAGCUCCAGCUGGAAACCGGAGCAUGCGCAAUCACCGCACUUUGCCCACGCCACAGGUCGGACAUGCGCAGUCUCAUCGCUGGCCUACCGGUCUCAGGUUGGUUUACGUUCCGAGGCAAGGAAACGAUUGGUUCGAGACAAAGUGGUGCAUUUCCGAAAAAACUCCUUGUGGUUAUUCAUUUUGUGGUGGCGAUGGCGAUGCUGGCAGAACGGUCUUGGGGCUCAUGAACAGGGGUCUACAGAAAACAUUAAAGUUCAAAUAAAGAACAACACAGUGGGCCUGGGAGCAACAAAAGAUCAUGAGGACAACUGGAUUGCGCACCAGGAUGAGUUUAAUCAACUUUUGUCUGAGCUCAACGUCUGCCACAAACAGAAUGGCUCAUCAGUGGCUGAGGAUAAAACUGCAUUUAGUCUUGAAGAGAAAUCUAAAUCUUCCAAGAAACGAGUUCACUACCAGAAAUUUACCAAAGGAAAGGAUCUCUCUUCUCGUAGUGCGAUAGACCUUGCCUGCAUUUUUGGAAAGCGUGGCAAACAGGUCAAAGGAUCCAGAGGUCAGGAAGAGCAAGUGAUGAGUGACACCUGUUUCAUGCCUGACAAUGACCCAGAAGUUCCUGGUGACUCAGAGCCCAAAGUUGAAAUAAAUACUGUGACCAGUUCUCUUACAAUGCAGGAGUACUUUGCUAAUAGGAUGGCACAACUGAAAAAACCUAAAGCAAAGCAUGAGAUCCAUCAAGUUUGUGCUACUCAAGACCUUGCAGGAGAUGAUGAGAGUUCAUUUCAAGAAGUAAAAAGGAAGAGAAAGAAAUGUAGCAGAGGAGAUGCCAACAGGGUUUGCAAUCUUGACAAACAGCCCAUACUCUCAAAGCAAGCCAAAAGUGGAGAAUAUGUGGAGAUAAAUAAUGAUCUGAUUGAAGAUAGCUCGGUUAAGGAAAAUUGCCGAAGUAAAAAGUCGUCCAGAAAAAAUAGUGCAAAACUUUUGGUAUCGUUCGAUCAGAAAGUUUGUCCUUUAGAAGAAGUUGAAUCAAUGAUUCCAGUUGAUCAGUACUCAAUGGUCAAUGAGUCAUCAGAGAUGCACAAUGAACAGGAAUGCAGAGAGGAUCAGAACAAACAGAAGAAGAUUAAGAAGGUGCCAUAUUUGACGAAUGAGAUUUCUCAAUCUUGUCAUGAUUCAACAGAAAGAAGGAAGAAGAAAAUAAAGAAACAGAAGUGUUGAGGCUUGCAGAAACUGUGCACAUUUCUUAUUGAAAACCUUCCAAACGAUGAAUUAUUUUACAAGCAAUAUGUACUUAAACUUCUUUAUCAAACAGUGGUCUUAAUGCAACUGCUGUUCUUAAUUAAGCAUAAGCAGCAAGAUUGAUUAUUGAGAACCGACUGGUUAAGCAAUGUGUUUAAAACAAAGUUAUAACAAUUUCUCUUAAAUGCAUAAAAUGAAAUUUGUAAAUAUAUUUUGGAUAUGGAGAACUGAUCAUUCACUCAUUUACUCAGUUUGCAAUUUCAGAAACAAUUGCCUUUUCUAAUUAUUAUUCUACAUUUUUACUUCUGGAGCAAAUGUUUUUGAAGCAAGAGGUCCAAAAAGCCUCUCCCAAUUAAAUUUGGCUUGAAACCUA